UUACGUCACAUGCCGAGCAGUCACGCCUUGCGUCCACUGCGCACGUCAGUAAUUCCGUCUGUGUUUUGAGUUUAUGUAUGUGUGUCUGCGUGUGUGUUCUUUCCCACACGAGUUUACUGCAAUUCCGAAUUCUCACAACCACCGCCAGAAUGGCAGCUGCACCCCCGAACCCAGACGACUCUAGUCGGGGUAGUAGCGGUAGCAGCACGCCCAGCGUCCUUGUCGGGGACGGGGACACGGAAGAGGCCGAGGAUUUCACCUCCUCCUCCCACUGCACAGAGCUGUCUCGGCGGCAGAACGAACAGAGGAAGCAGGGAUUGUUCUGCGACGUGACGCUGGCAUUCAGCAGUGGGGCGGCAACCGGGAAUGUUCAGAGCUGUGAGUUUUCCGCUCACCGUUCUGUACUGGCCGCGGCUACGGACUAUUUCACGCCGUUGCUGGGAGGGCAGUUCUCCGAGUCGCUGUCGGGUCGGGUUGAGAUGAAGGAAUGGAGCGCUGAAUUGGGACCAGACCCGGAGACGGUGGAGAGUGUCAUUCAGUACAUGUACACGGGAGAAAUACGUGUGAGCACCUGCAAUGUGCAUGAAGUGUUAGAGCUUGCUGACAGGUUCCUGCUGCUGCACCUGAAGGAGUUCUGUGGGGAGUUCUUGAAGAAGAAGCUGACACUGGCCAACUGUGUGGCGGUGCACAGCCUGGCCCACAUGUACACCCUGGACCAGCUGGCUCUGCGGGCCGCAGACAUGAUCCGACGCAAUUUCCACAAGGUCAUCCAGGAUGAGGAGUUCUACACCCUGCCCUUCCACCUGGUGAGGGAUUGGCUGUCUGACGCAGAGAUCACCGUGGACGCGGAAGAGGUGCUGUUUGAGGCUGUGGUGAAGUGGGUCCAGAGGAACACAGAACAGCGGGGGAGGUACUUUGAGGAGUUGUUCCGUCUCCUCCGGCUACCCCAGAUUAAGCCCACCUAUCUGACGCGCGUGGUGAAGAACGAGGCACUGGUGGCGGCCAACGAGGCCUGUCUCCGCCUGGUGUCCGAUGCCGUGGAGGGCCACGCCAUCCGCUGUGAGAACCUCAAGUCAGCUGACCUGGAGUUCUGGUCGUCCUACAUGGCCUCCUUCCAGCCGCGCUUCGGCCAGAACAUGGACGUGAUCAUGGUGGUGGGCGGGGUGUCUGAGGGCGGCGACUACCUGAGUGAAUGUGUGGGUUACUUCAUCUACGAGGACCGCUGGGUUAACCUGCCCCACAUCCACAACCACCUGGAUGGCCACGCCAUCGCCACCACAGAGUCCCACAUCUACGUAGCGGGAUCCAUGGAACCGGGCUUCGCCAAGACCGUGGAGCGCUAUAACCCCAACCGCAACACCUGGGAACAGGUGAGCAACCUGACCACACGUAAACACUCCUUUGGUCUCACCUGUAUCAAGGACAUCCUGUAUAGCAUCGGUGGCCACGGCAACUUCAGCCCCGGCUUCAAGGACGUGAGCGUGUACGAGCCUGAGCCGGACAAGUGGCACAACCUGGAGUCGGCGCCCAAGAUCCUGCGGGACGUGAAGGCAGUGAGUGUGGAGGACCGCUACGUAUACGUGACGGCGCGCACCCCGGUGGACACAGACAACGAGGACGGGCUGAAGACGGUCACCACACGUUACGACACAGAGAGCCGCCAGUGGCAGGACGUGGACUCCCUGCCGCUCAUAGACAACUACUGUGUGUUCCAGAUGGCCGUGGCCCCCACCAACUUCUACCACACGGCCUCGUGCUGCCCUAAGAGCUACACGGUGCGGGACGAGGCCGCCAAGCAGAAGAUCAGCGCCCACAUCUCAGACGAGAUCCUGGAGAGCUUGCCGCCCGAAGUCACCAGCAUCGAGGGCGCCGCCAUCUGCCACUUCGACGAGGACGUGUUUGUGAUCGGCGGCUGGAAGAACAGCGAUGACGUGGACAAGCAGUACCGCAAAGAGGCCUACCGCUACUCUGCCGAAAGGAAGCGCUGGAUGCUGCUGCCGCCCAUGCCCCAGCCCCGCUGCCGUGCCACCGCCUGUCACGUACGCAUCCCCUACCGCUUCCUGUACGGCUGCCAGCGCUACCCCAUGCCCCAGAACCUGGCCCGCCAGCGGGACCGUAUGCAGCAGAUGCAGCAGCUACACCGGCGCACCCUCACCCUGCGCAGGCAGCUGCAGUCUCAGAUCGAGUGCUGAGCUGUCUCAACCCCUGUCUGUCCAUCACACCCACCCCAGUGGGAGAGCAGCCCAGUCCAGCUCCAAGCCCCAAACAUCCCCUGGCAGCCAUCGUCAUCAACCCCCACCCAUAACCUGCUGGAGCAAUGGCUCCUAUGUUGCUCUCAUGUUGGUUCAUUUUCAAGAGAACUCUGUGCCAGAUCAUCAGGUUGAGAUAUUGGUGUUAGUAGUGACUGUGGUGUUCAAGGCUGGGAGAUGUGGGAGUGAUGUGACUCUGUGCUGGCCAGGUGUUUGUCUAUGUGGGGAGGACAGGCUGAAUGUUACAAAUGUGAAUAGAGUGUUGUACAGUGACCAACAUCGGACUACACUACGUAUGUACGUCAGGCACAGGUGAUGUUUAUCUUUUUAUACAUGCAUAUAGUAUAUAGUUGUAUAUGUAUACUUUUAUUAUAUAUAAAUAUUUUGUGUCCCCCUUUUAUGCUUAUAUGAUGUAGGCAAUGUGACACUUAAGUACGGCAGAAUCUACAUUCCUCCAAUCCAAUGUGCUUAGUGAAGUCAGUCGUUCUCUAUGACAUUCCACACUGACAGUCUCUCCAUGCAAAUAUCACACACACUUACAUACACACACUCUGUGCAGCUGUAGGGUCGGGACCAUACCAGUAUCGCGAUGCUCGUUAGUGUUGUGGCAAGUGAACAUAACACGAAGCAGAUUUAACUUCUUUAGGAAAACAAACAUUUAAUGUUUUCAUCUAGAGUCACAUUUAUUUUUCCACAAAUAUUUAACAUUUUACAUGGGAAAAGUAUUGCGAUACUGGUGUCAUUUUGGCCCUACCAGUCAGUUGGACCAAACCCUUACCAAUGCCCAAUGGCUUUGCUUUAUAUUAGCUUCAUCUGAAUGGCUCUGCUUCUUGUUAUUAUAGCUUUGAUACAGGAGCUCAACAUGAAUGGAAGGAGAAUAGUCUCAUUCAUAUUUAUUAUCAGAUCUACUGUCCAAGAGUGGACAACUUGUGACAGAGCCUGGACUCGAACCCAGAAUCUCUAGUGGCCUUAGACCACAGCACCACUUGGGAGGCCCCUUAAGGAAACAGUCUUAACAUGGUAACAUUCCAUCAACCAUUGCGUUGAAUUAUUCUUCAGUCUUCUGCUCGUCACAUUCCUGUUGGUAGGAAACAUUGUGUGGAAGGCCCUAGGUGGGAGUUUGUGAGUGAAUGUUUCUCUUUUUAUUUUUGUCUGCAUUGGUUUUAUUGAGUUUAAUGGCUGGAGGGUGUAGUUCCGAUGGAGGACUUGAUAACGUGUGUGUCUUGAGUACGGUAAGAAUGCUUGGCAAAGCUGGUGAAAAGCAUGCCUAGUAGUGCACUUCUACCCUUAAUCACUUAGUAAUAUUUAUGUCCGAGUGGGUUUACCUGUUAUAUUUGGCCAAUUUGUAUUUUUUUAUUUAUCAUUUAUUCCAACUCCAGCCGAUAAUCUAUUCUGUUCCCAUGUGAGAAAAUAUGUACACUACAGUGAUUUGCCUAGUAAUCCAAAAUGAAUGUGAUGUGAAGUGUGAGGCAGCCCUGUUGCUGUACCUCAGGGCUUAUUCAGGGGUUCAUCUGAGGGAUCCGGCCACAUUGUUGCAUGUUCUCCUCACCCCCCAAAGACAAUCAGGGGGAGGGGGGGGGGGGUUACUUCAGGGGUACUCUGGGCAGAGCAAAAUUCAGUUGGUGGUACGGUAACCAAAAAAGGUUGUGAACCACUGGUAUAGACUAGAGGGUAUCCUUAUGUUACUGAGCGGAAUGACCAUAUCAAGGUGAAUGUGUUGAGUUCAAGAGUUCAUUGAUUGUUAUAAGCACUAUCCCUGAAGCUAAUUUAUAACAUAAAGCACUAUGAUUUUGAGAAUGCAAUGAAAGUGUAUUUCCUCAGCUUUGUUUCUCUUGCAUAGCAUUUGAAAUAAUUGUCUUGACAUAUGUUGGCAAUAUAUAUUUUGCUUUGCAUGUGGCCGUCUGGCAUUGUGUCAAUAUAUUGGAUGUAAAAAAAAAAAAUGCUGAUGUCAUCACUUGCAAUUAAAAUGUCCAUUUUUUUUAUACGA